AUGCUUUCUACUAAGGCCGACCAAAGCCCCCAACGACGGCAACAACCUCCUAGUAACAUGGCGAGUGCUCUGAAGAAGUUUGGUGAAAAGAUCCUGGGUGAUUCGAAACAAGUCGCCAAGUUAUUCAGAGAGGUCACCGCCGGAGGUCGCAUCCUGCCAACUAGGACCAACAAGAACGAUGCGGAGUAUCAAUGCCGAAUUGACAUGGGAGAAGAGAUUAAGGACAAGCCUGGUUAUUACAACGUGUAUCUUCAAGUCAACACUCAAGCGAAAAGCGAAGGACUCAAAAAAUGGCUCCGAAAGAAUCCACACGGGAAUCUUGCAACAACACAAAUAAACAAAAAUGUUCCAGAGAGUGAGCAAAAUAACGAAGGACGUCGGCAAGAAGAAUCUCUAAGCUGCCCAAUUUCUUCUAUGGCAAUAUCGGCGGUUGGAUGGAUUGAGUACUACUUUUUUCACAUUACAUGGUUACUUUGCAAGCUUCGUAUUGUAACCCCAACCAACGGAAAUAGGCCUCCUAUGUUAUCUUUUCCGCUGCCACGCAAAUAA